CUCCGAUGUCGCUCCCAUGGUACUUAUUAGUAUUUAAACCCAGUCUUCACGUUGCCUCCAUUAGUUUAGGGUUUUUGUCUGAAAUUUGAAACAAAAAAAUAAAAAAAAUGGCAAUCACCUUCUCUCUCAAUUCACUCUCUAAAAUCCCAAAACCCUCAUCUAAUCCUAAAAUAAAAAUCUUCAACCUCUUAACAACCCCAUCGAAACCUUUCCUCAAAUUCCCCCCCAUUUUUAAACCCAAUUCUCUUUCUCUCUUCACCUCCAUUACUAAGUCCCAUCCCAAUGCCAAGCCCAGAACCUCAACUAUUCGCUUCCUUUUCACCGGCAUCGUUGAAGAAAUGGGUGAGGUCAAGCACGUCGGCGUUUCCGAUGACGGAGGGUUCGACAUGAAAAUACGCGCGAAAACCGUUCUACAAGACGUUCAUAUCGGUGACAGCAUUGCCGUUAACGGCACGUGUCUAACGGUGACGGAAUUCGAUACCCAAUUGGAAGAUUUCACUGUUGGAUUGUCCCCGGAGACUUUGAGAAAGACUUCUUUGAUUGAAUUACAACCUGGCUCGUUGGUGAAUUUGGAGCGGGCUCUACAGCCCACGACCCGAAUGGGCGGGCAUUUUGUGCAGGGACACGUGGAUGGAACGGGAGAGAUUGUGGAAAUGAAGCCAGAGGGAGAUUCUUUGUGGAUUAAGGUGAAAACAGCUAAGAGUUUGUUGAAGUAUGUUGUGCCCAAAGGGUUUAUAGCUGUGGACGGUACUAGUUUGACGGUUGUGGACGUGUUUGGUGAGGAAGAUUGUUUUAAUUUUAUGCUCGUGGAGUAUACUCAGCAGAAAGUGGUUAUUCCUUUGAAGAAAGUUGGGCAAAAGGUGAACUUGGAGGUGGAUAUAUUGGGUAAGUAUGUUGAGAGGCUGCUCAGUAGUGGGUUUGUAGACUCUAUCAAGGGUCAUGACGAUUAAAAGGGGUGUAAUUGAGCCGAACCGAGUAUUGAGAAGCUCAAGCUCAGCUUGGCUGGAACAGUCGGAGCUUGAGCUUGAUAGAGCUUCAAUUGUUAUAUAGUGGGCUUGAGCUCGGUUCGAUUACGACCUAAUUGAGCUCAAGUGUGACUUGAUUAUGACCUAGUCGAGCUUGAGCUCGACUCGGUUCAACCCACAAAGCACAACAGCCAACAAAAUCAUUUCACAAACCCACAAAAUACAACAUCUAGCAAAAAAAUUUCACAAACCCACUACAACCAACAAAAUCAUUACCUAAAUGCACAAAACACAACAUCUAGCAAAUUUUUUUCACAAACCCAUUUGUGAAAAUCCUCAAAUCUUCCGGCGGUUGAAAGUCCACAAAGCAUAAACCCAAACAUGACAAACCCACAACAUCCAACAGAAAAAAUGUGUACGAGAAAAGGGGCUGGAGGCUGUGACACCGCCUGCCCAACUUGCAGUUGUUGCAGCCUCCAGCUGCUGCGGAAGAAGAGAUUGGGAAGGCGACAGUAGAUAGUGAAAAGGAAAGAGAAGGAAAAAAAAUGAUAAGAAAAGAGGAGGGAAAGUAAAAAAAAAAAUCGAGUUUGAACUGUGAAAUGUGAAUUAGGGAUUUGGAGUUUAAAUUUUUUAAUUAUUAAUUAUUAAUUUAUAUAUGUAAUAUUAUUUUAAUUAAGAUAUUAUAUAUUAUGUUGAGUUCGAGUAAGCUCACAAGUUGCUCGAGCCGAGUAUUGGGAAGCUCGACCUCAAAUUACACCCCUAUGUGUGUACAUUAUGAAGUACAUUUUUUUGUGAUAUAUGAUGAAACAAGAUUCAUGUAAUUGAUCCUAAGUCAUUUGUAAUUGGUAUCAAAUCUUUGUUGAGUUGA